AUGGGUAAUCCGGGUUCUUGUGGGAUUGGUGGGGUUAUUAGGGAUGCUUCUGGUGGUAUGGUUCAGGCUUUUGCUUCUUAUGUUGGGCUUGGUUCUAAUAAUAAGGCAGAGCUUUUGGCACUUCUUUAUGGGUUGAGAAGAUUUGUUUCUUGGUGGAAUAGAGGGCGAUGUGGAGUUUGGUAUCUGGAGGAUUUUUGGGAGGAAAUUGUUGAAUUAGCUUGCACGGUUCGUUGUCGGUUUCAACAUGUUUAUCGUGAAGGUAAUAGGGCUGCAGAUUGGUUAGCAAAGGCAGGUGCUUUAGGUUCUGAGUGGGUUGUGUCGAGUAGUGAUAAUUUGCCUCGGGUUCUUAGAGGUUUGAUCCGUUUGGAUUCUCUGGGAUUUCCGUCCUUGAGAUGUUAG